UUCGCCGUCACGAACAGCCCGUAGUUUCGGUACGAACAACAGUCUCGCAACUCGGGCGAAUGAGAUGUGGGAAGAAGUAUGAUUGGCGUGUUGAAAAUAGGGCGGGAAAAGUAGCGCCGGUAAGGUGGCGCCACCUGUGGCCGGCUGUCGCGAUACAAUUGUUAGUCAAAACAUCAUCGUAUUUAGGGUUCUAUUUAUAGUAAUGCACCCGUAACGUAUUAUCCCAGAUUGUUUUUGGUUGAAUGAAAUAAUCGAGGUUAUACAGUGAAGGUUAUGACUGUAGUAAGAAAAUUUUGGAAAAGUUCAACGACCCUGUGGUAAAUGUGACAAGAAUGGUACGGACCUACGGCCAUGUUUACACUGUAGCGAAUUCUGAUCAAUCGGGGGCCCUAAAUUAAACGGUGUUUGUUGAAAGAACAGUUGGACUUGGAUUGGUAAGUGAAUCGGUGACCAUUUGGAUUACUAACGGCGAUCAGCGUCGGCGAUGGAUACCAGCGACAGGGGGCUGAGUUUGGAUAACAGCAACCUGUCAAUGUCCUCCGUAGGGCCGCAGAGUCCUCUGGAAAUGAAGCCAGACACUGCCAGCCUCUUAAAUCCGGGCAGCUUUAGUCCCUCAGGACCCAACAGUCCAGGGUCAUUCAGCAUCGGAGGGCACAGCAGUUUGCUCAGCACGUCUCCUGGAGGUCAGAGCAAGACAGGAGGUGCCGGAUCACCGUAUCCGCCCAAUCAUCCUCUCUCAGGAAGCAAACACCUCUGUUCUAUAUGCGGGGAUCGCGCAAGUGGAAAACACUACGGAGUUUACAGCUGUGAGGGCUGCAAAGGUUUCUUCAAACGUACCGUACGCAAAGACUUGUCAUACGCAUGCCGGGAGGAGAAAUCGUGCAUAAUAGACAAAAGGCAAAGGAAUCGCUGCCAGUAUUGUCGGUAUCAAAAAUGUUUGGCAAUGGGCAUGAAACGCGAGGCGGUACAGGAGGAGAGACAACGUACCAAGGAAAGAGAUCAAAGCGAAGUUGAAAGCACUAGCAGUUUGCACGCUGAUAUGCCAGUAGAGCGCAUACUGGAGGCGGAGAAAAGAGUGGAAUGUAAAACCGAGCACCAAGGAAAUGACGAGAAUGCUGUAACUAAUAUUUGCAACGCGACGAACAAACAGUUGUUUCAGUUAGUCGAGUGGGCUAAGCAUAUUCCUCAUUUUACCUCGCUGCCGCUUGAGGAUCAAGUACUUCUUCUCAGAGCCGGAUGGAACGAGCUACUGAUAGCAGCAUUUUCUCACCGGUCAAUUGAAGUCAAGGACGGGAUUGUUCUCGCAACAGGAUUAACUGUGCAUGGUGAUUCCGCCCGUCAUGCAGGAGUUGGUACAAUAUUUGAACGAGUGCUUACAGAGCUAGUGGCUAAAAUGCGGGAAAUGAAAAUGGACAAAACGGAGCUUGGCUGUUUGCGAUCGAUCAUUCUUUUCAAUCCGGAUGCUCGUGGUUUGAAAUCUAGGCAAGAGGUCGAGCUACUCAGGGAAAAGGUUUAUGCAGCGUUAGAGGAAUACACCCGCACAGCUAGGCCUGACGAACCAGGCCGGUUCGCAAAACUUCUUUUAAGACUACCUUCGCUACGUUCUAUCAGCUUAAAAUGCUUGGAGCAUCUGUUUUUCUUUAAUUUAAUAGGAGACGUACCGAUCGAUACUUUUCUCAUGGAAAUGUUAGAGUCUCCAUCAGAUCCUUAGGAGCAAGAGGUGUGUCGCAUUUUGGGACACGCCGACAUGUGACUUCUGACGCAUUCUUUUUCAAUCCUAUUUCAAAAGCGAAAUAUUCGCAUUACCUGUUGUGUUUUUUUUUUUGUUUUUUUUCUUUUAUUUUUAUUUAUAAUUACUUUCAUUCCUAAUUCCCGUUUCAUUGUCAAUCCUUUCAAAUCCGGGGCCUUAUGCCUCAAAUGCGUCAGGAUAAAAUAAUAAAGUGUAAGUUGUAAGCCGUAGGUAAAAAAAGGUCAAGGCACACGUUGUUCUUUGUAAAUUGGCAUAUAAUUUUUUUUAAAUUUAUAUUUGCGUGUAAUAAUAAUAAUAAUAAUAAUCAUAUAUCUAUGUACACAAUAAAUGUGUAUCUUAUAAAUAAUUGGGGGGUUGAGAUAUAGCGUAGGUAGAAGAUUCGGUGGUGACAAAAUUGAGAUAAACGUGAUACAAAUACGGUGCUAUUUUAUUCUGAAAUUUAGCAGUUAAGUAUUCAAAGUAAAAAAUUAUUAGCUAUUGCAAUUGAUGUAUUUGUAAUGGGCUGUAUAGAGGUACAACUUCAACUCGAUGUCUUUAAGGAAUUCUUUGUCCGGAAAGGUCUGCAGACGGAAAUUAUUUAACAACGUAUAAUUAAUCAUUUUUCCCGUAAUUUUCCGUAAAAAAUAUUUGGACUGAGCGUAAGAUUUUCUGAAUAUCAGUUACCUGAUCGUAAUAAGAGUUAGUUACUUGGAAAAAGAUAUCGAUUAACUAAAAUUUUCGGAAAAAAUGAAUUCAAAGGCUUCUAUGUGAGCUCAUAAUCGUGAAAAUUUCGCGGUAAUAAGUUGUCAUUGGUAAAUUCAUUAUGAAACAUAUCUCAAGAUUAAGUGUCUCUGGCAAUUAUUUAUUGAAAUACUUCAACUACGGCUUACAAUUUACACAACCGUUAGUCAGGAAGCUUGGCAAAACUUAAUUAUAACAAAAGAAAAGAUGGAAAUGUCUUAUUUUUACUAAUAAUAUGUCAACAUAAUGGAUUGUAUUUUUGUUGAACUGAGGUUGAACGAACGUAGCCACCUACAUAUAGGUGUGCCUGUAGACAUAUGUUAUGAAAUAAUGUUCCUAAGAUAGUUGUUAUUUUCACAGUUUUUAAUUAAUCUUUAAUUACUAUAUUAUUUCUGCUUUGUUCGCCUAUGAUCGACAGGUGGCGUUAAUAAUGAUUUUUAUACAUAAUCAUUGUUUCAGUAAAUAAAAAUACAAUCCAACCAUAAUAUUGACGCGAAAAAUCUUUGGCCCGACACAAUAUACAGAUAUUUGAUCACAGUAAUUUAUUAUUAUUAUUAUUAUUACCAUUAUUAUUUGUAUAUUAGAUCAAACUAAAAGAAUUUGAUAAUUCAUUGAUUUAACUGUUAUACAUAUGGAAUUGUUCUUUUUUUCGUUUAUGUUUUAUGCAUCAUAUAUAUGUAUAUUACAUUACAUUGUAUUAUGUUACAUUAUAACAUAUUUUAAGAUUGGAUUAUAUUGUACACACGAUAUAGGUAAAUAGAUAGAGAAAGAAGAUCUGUAGCAUAAUUCUCGGAUAAUUGAAUUAAAUCUUCAGAAUAACAAAUUUGAACAUCAGUCCAGUUGAUGAUAAAAAAUUCACAAUCGCAAUUGUUGUAUUUUUUAUCUAUUUUUAGGAUUUUUUUCAAAACUGAUGAUAGAGUUACAGUCAGUUAUCAAAAAUAUUUAAAUAACGUAAAAGUGUUAUUUCUGACUUUACAGGUAUUCCUGACUAGUUAUCAAAAAGAUGGCUCGUUGCAGAGAUAUUUUGUUCACAACGGCUUAUUAUGUGUGAUCUAAAUAUUUACAAAUACCAUGCAUAAUAUGGAAACUCGACAACAUUAAAGCUAAAUAUAUAUACAUAUAUAUGUAUAUAGUCUUAUUAACGAUGCAGUGGAUAAAAUUAAUUGUGUUAGGAAUUCGGUGAAUCACCGAUUUAGUUUAGUGAUUGACGAGUCGUGCUUUGAAUCUGAUCUAACGAUAAUGCAUUGAAUUGAUAUUUUACUGUUCUAGGUUAUUGGAUAUCAGAAUCAAGCAUAGAUAAAUUUCGAUUACGAUUAUUCGUGUUAAAUUAUUCGAUAGAAGAGAAUGCUAAUAAUCAAAUGAAAUGAGGUGAAAAUCGGGCAAUUUAUAUUUUUGUUAUAUUUUUCAAAUAAUGGAGGCAUCAAUAUUCUUGCCGGAUUCAAGUCCCUCAACUUUUUAAAUAUUAUUAUAUAUGUAGGACAAUACAUACGAAAAAUUGAACACAACUAUGAAUAAAAAUGUUGUGUAAUCUUACUGCGAAGCCAAAUAAUCAACUUUUUUCACAUAGCAGUGAAUUAAUUCCUCAUGUGUCUUUAAAAGCAUUCUUUGCUAUCGUAUCUUCGAUAGUUUCGCAUCUUCUAGUAUUAAUUAUUUUAUCAAUCAUAGGUGGAUGAUCAUACUUAUUACGAUAUGAAUAGAUUCAUAAAUUAUGGAAAUUAAUAUUAUUAUAUUAUUAAAAAUAUUUCUAUUUGCGUGUGAUUGCCUGCGAUUGUUAGAGCUGUUGGUUAUUGUUAUGUGCUUGAAGAGGAAGAUGUAGAGAAAUUGGAGAGAGUAUUUACUGUUAUCCUUACACGAUACAUAUUAACAAAUUGUAUACUUUUAAUUCGUAAUUUUUAUUUUAGCUUUUUUUCUGCUGCAUUGGCGUUGAAAUUAUUCCUAGUAACUGAUAGUUUAUAAUACAUUGUAUUCAACUUAUCAGGAAGUACGAAAUUUAAAAUUGGUUCCAGAAACUAAUUUGAAAAACGAAAAGCUUACUUCCCGUGAAAAAAUGUAUUAUUUAUUAGCAAACUUGUUUGUUGACUUUAAUGAAUUAUUGGCUGAAUAUCACCGGAACUAAAAAGUAUAACAAAGUAUGGAAAGCUUAGAUGAUCUUGAUGUAUUUUGUCAGUUUUGCAGAAAGUUGGUAUGAUGACUCUUCGUAACGUCAGACUUUGUAUAUUAUGCUAUCGUGUAAAAAUGUAAACAACUCCCCUAAUUAUAUAUGCGUAAAUAUAUAAUGAAGCAAUACGGCGUCUAUGAAGAUUAUUUAUAUUCUGUAUAAAUAAGUUAUUAUUAUUCCUUAAAUAAUAUGUUUGUUUCGCAAUUCGAAAUAAAUGUAACCGUUGGUACGAAAUUCUUGCGGAAAUUUAACAGAAUUGUGGGGUGCGAGUGUUGUUACCUGUGGAUAGAUUUUCAAUAUAAAUAAUAAAUAUAUAAAUGUUACUAUAAAACGAAAAUAUCUAUAUUUCUAAAUUGUAACUCAUCUUUUAAUGAACACAUACAAUAAGAAAACCUCAGUAGUCGGUCAGUAGAUUAGAUUUUAUUAAGCUACAAAUAUUUAAUAUUACGAGUAAUAUUCAAUUGUAAAUUAUAUUGCGCGAUAUAUACGAUGUUAUAAUUGUAAUAAGGAAAUAUAACAUUACAUUUAAAAAAUAAUUAAUCAAUCCCUGAUAUAAAUGAUACAAAGCCGAUAAUAAUAUUAUACAUAAUUUUUGGUUACAAAUGUCAAAGUGAAAUGAAAUAUUGUUAGAGUUUAGACUAUGAACACAAACGUCUUUGGUGUAUUACUAGUAUACGCUUUUGCCAUAUGUCGUUUCAUAAUAUAACAUAGAUAAAUGGAAUAAUACGAUGCUCAAAUUGUGUUUAACGUUUUCUCAGCUUAGCGCGCAUAAUGUCUUAAAAAUAAAACA